AUGAAGUUUAGUUAAUUCUAUGGUUUAUUUCAUUUUUUUUUAUUAGUCACUUUUAUAUUUUAAUAAUAUAUUUCACAAUUAUUUGGAGUUUAGUAACUGCAGCAUAAUUUUUUUCAAUCUUUUGAAAGUUUUAGCUAUAUUGGCAAGGCUAGAUUAAUAUAGAUUUUUAAUUAUUUCAACUGCCCUAUUAUUUUUUUAAUUAUACAUGAAGCCAAACUUGGUUGGAACCAUAAAUUCUUAACUCUCAAAAAAGAAUAAUUGUUAUUGAUAUUUGGAUAUAUGAAAAAUUUAUUAUUGAUAUGA